AUGGCGCAUGCGUUCGUUGGGCGUCCGGCCACGGCUGGGUUGCCCGAAACCGAACCCGAUAACGGACUCGGAGACGACUCCUUCGUGCUGGGUGACGUUCAACUCAAGGAAAUUGCCCGGUUUCAGGAAGAGAUCCGCCACCACGAGACCGACGCGGACAAAUAUCGGCUUUGUACCAGGACACGAGAUGACCUGCUCCGAAGGCAUGCCGAUUUGCAGCUUCUGAUUGCUGUGUACGAACAUGUCAUGCUGGACGAAUGCGCGGCGUACAGAACUUUCAAGGAGACCAGUGUCCCGGCGACAAACCAGAAAGACGACGAGACAGAGGAGUGA